UUCUUCUUUCGAACCGGAGCCUCUACCUUACGCCAAGAGCCAUGGUGGCGACUGGAAGCAUAUUCCUUGUUGGUUGGAUUGUCGUUGCUAGUAUUUGGACGGAUUGUGAGAUCAUACUUCCGAAUAGUGAUGCGAAUUUGCUGCCACACUGGUGUCCUCAUUCAGCGCCUUCAAGUCCUGCAGUCUCUGGAAUAGUGUUUGAGAAGGGACUUACAACCACGAAAGAUGCUCUUGGUUGGAUAGUGACGUUAGGCUAUGUGGUAUACUUGGUCUCUGCGAGUAUUGCAUGGCGGGAGGAGAAGAUGGAGGAGAAGAACAAUAACAAGAGAAUUAGGAUAGAGUUAGAGUCUUUUUAAGAACAGUGUGAUGGAUGAUUUAGGUGCAAUCUUGGUUGUUUCUUAGCACAUCGCCGU